CAACCUUCGAGCAAAUGGAACCAAGAGGCAAUCGAUUAGAUCGAAGCGCGUAGAUUUCGAACCCUGUUUCGAACGUUCUUUUCCUUUUUUUUUCGACACCACCGAUUCAAAUUGAUGGGUUAUUGAGAUCAGCUUCAAUAUGACAUCUGAAGAUAGCAAGGAGUAUAUGGCGAAGACGGAAGUCCAUCAAUUAUUCGAGGGAAUGUUGACGGGACUUCUGUAUAAUAAGCCAGAGGAUCACCUUGCAUUCCUGGAAAACUGUAUCGCACUUGCAAAACAGAACAAGGAUAUUCAGUGGAAUUCCUUCCUGGACUUGAGCAAAAAGCCAUUACCACCAAUUCCAAAGACAGAUGGUCCCAUCAAGUCAGAAGCAGAUAGUGAAUUGCGUACUUUUCCGACUGAGCCGGAGAUGAAGACCCGCGAGCCACUUCCUCCAAUAGGAGCAAGGCACAGUAUAGAUGACGACGACAAGGAGUUGGAAGAGAGGGACAUUGUAACCCCAUCAGAAUCAGAUGGAGAGGAGGAAGUUGAGGUGGAGUUUUCCGGACAAAGGAUUGUGUAUAUUCUAGGUGGACCAGGAGCAGGAAAGGGUACCAUCUGCGAUAGUGUUGUGAAAAAGUACAACUACUGUCAUCUUUCUGCCGGAGAUCUGCUGCGUGAAGAGGUCACCAGGGGCAAUGAGCGUGGACAGAUGAUAACAGAGAUGAUGAGGGAAGGAAAACUUGUGCCGAAGGAAAUAACAAUUGGGUUACUCCAAGAUGCCAUGCGAGAGCAUAAGGACAUGCCAGGGUUCUUGAUUGAUGGUUUCCCUAGAGAUAUCGACCAGGGAAUCACAUUUGAGGAGCAGGUGACAGAUAGCGACUUUGUGUUGUACUUGGAGUGCACCGAGGAGGUCAUGCAAGAGAGGCUUUUAAAGCGUGCAGAGACAAGCGGACGACCCGACGACAACAUCGAGACCAUCAAAAAGCGAUUCGUGACCUUCCUGGAGAAGACGGUCCCCGUUGUGGAACACUAUGAGAAACAAAGCAAGGCGCACCGGGUCGACGCUACACGAACCGUAGGCGAGAUCUGUAUGGAUGUCUAUAAGAUAUUCGAUGGACUUCCAACCAAAGUCGCCCAAAAAGUUAAGCGACGAAAAAAGAAGGCCAAGACCUCCGCGGAGAGUGAAGAUGAGGGAGAAUGGGAAGAGUUUACUGGUCAAAGGAUUGUGUUUGUUGUUGGUGGACCUGCGACAGGCAAGAAAACCCAUUGCAAGCAUGUAGCAGAAAGGUUUAACUACACGCACAUCAUGCCGGGAACCCUGGUGGCACAGGAAGCCCAGAAAGACACGGACCGAGCCAAGCAACUUAUCCAGACUAUUUCCGCCGGAAAUGACGUACCGAAUAAAAUUAUGAAUGAGCUGCUGCGUGAGGAAAUGUUAGCAAACCCGGAUUCACAAGGUUUCCUGUUGGAUGGAUUUCCCGACGAUAUCGGUCAAGGCGAACAGUUCGAGCUCGAUGUAAUUGAGAGUCACGUGGUACUGUAUCUUGAAUGCGAUUCCGAUACGAUGGAAAAGAGAGUGCGCGCCGCCGUGGGAGGCGCCAUCGAUGACGAGUUUGACAUGCGGCUCUUGCGGCGGUUUGAGGCUUUGGAGGAAAAGAUCAAACCUGUCGUGGAAUACUACGACAAGCAGGGAAAAGUCAAAAAGAUCGAUGCUAGCCGCUCAUUGGAAGAGGUUUAUAAUGCCAUCAGUUCCCUAUUUGGAGAGUUACCGAAACUCGAGCGCCGUCGCAAGAAAGGUAGCAAAGGGGAGGAGUCAUCUGGGUACGAGGACGAUCUGGCCGAUGCCGUAGAUGACCUGGGCCGGGUUGUUGACGGCAAGCCCGUCAGGAGGCGAAUGAAGAAGAAAAAGAAGAAGAAGAACGAAGAAGAGGCACGGACACCUGUCUACGAGGAAACAAUCGUAUCCAAUGAGUUCAUCCCCCUUUGUGAUGACGAGAUCGCGAAGACCAAGGGAAAGGGCUUGCUAAAUGCGCGGGUCAUCUUUGUUAUUGGCGGCCCAGGGUCUGGCAAGGGAACCCAGUGCGCUCGAAUCGUAGAGAAAUUCGGAUAUACCCACUUCUCCACGGGAGAUCUCCUCAGAGAGGAGGUGAAUUCUGGAUCAGAACGAGGCAAGAACAUCGUGGCCAUGAUGGAGAAAGGCGAGCUUGUGCCAAACGGUAUAAUUCUAGAAUUGUUGAGGCUAGCCAUGGUUAAACAGCCCAACACUACCGGUUUUCUCAUCGACGGCUUUCCCAGGGAGCUCGAGCAAGGACUGGAAUUUGAAAAAGAGUUGGCGUUAUGUGAGCUCCUUCUGUACUUCGAGUGUUCUCCUGAUACCAUGAAAGCGAGGCUGUUGAAACGAGGAGAGACGAGUGGACGAGUUGACGACAAUGAAGAAACUAUUCUCUCGCGCCUGGAAACUUUUAUCACCCAGACGAUGCCAGUCAUCGAGCAUUACCAGGAAGAAGGAAAAGUCAAGAAAAUAUCUGCCGAAGGCGGCCCCGACGAGGUGUUUAAGAAGGUGUCACGUGUCUUGGAGGAACUGCCUAACAGAUCGAAUGCAACACUUCACGAUUUCGAUAUCAUGUUUAUAGUCGGCGGUCCCGGUUCAGGAAAGGCCGAGUUAGCCAAACGUCUUGCCGAGUCAUCAGGUAGAACACAUCUCUCCAUGGGACAACUACUGAAGGAAGAAGCUACAAAGGACACUGACAGGGGGAGGGAGGUGGCUCAAGCUAUUGCCAUGGGAACCCUCGUUUCUCCGGAACACGCACUUAAUAUCUUGACUGAGAAGAUCGUCAGCGACGAGAAGAAUCUUGAAGGAUACGUAGUCGAUGGGUUUCCCCGAUCGCAUGAGCAAGCAAAGAACUUCACAGAGAAGGUGUCAGACUUCAAUCGAGUCGUUGCUCUGGAGUGCUCUGAUGAAGAGAUGGAGAGGCUGGCGAAAGAAAAAUUGGGAGCAGAACUAAAUGAGGAGCAGCUAAAGACGAGGAUAGAGGUGUACCGAGACAACACCAUCGCUAUGCUGGAUGACAUAGAAGGUGGAAAAAUUACAAAGAUAUCUGCAGAAGGAGGUCCUGACGAGGCAUUUAAAGAAAUAUCACGUGUCUUCGAAGGUGUCCCUGACAGCUCAAAUGCAGCACUCGACGACUUCGACAUCGUGUUCAUCGUCGGAGGCCCCGGUUCAGGCAAGACGGAAUUAGCAAAACUUCUCGCUGAGUCGUCAGGCAGAACUCAUAUCUCCAUGGGACAACUGCUGAAGGAAGAAGCUACAAAGGACACUGACAGGGCGAGGGAGGUGGCUCGAGCUAUUGCCAUGGGAACCCUCGUUUCUCCGGAACACGCCCUAGGUAUCCUGUCAGAGACAAUCGUCAGCGGAGAGAAGAACCUCGGUGGUUACGUGGUCGAUGGGUACCCACGCUCGCAUGAGCAAGCAAAGAACUUUACAGAGAAGGUAUCAGACUUCAAUCGAGUCGUUGCUCUGGAGUGCUCUGAUGAAGAGAUGGAGAGGCUGGCGAAGGAAAAAUUGGGAGCAGCACUAAAUGAGGAGCAGCUAAAGACGAGAAUAGAGGCGUACCGAGACAACACCAUCGCUAUGCUGGAUGACAUGGAGGAAGCGAAAACGACCAAGAUUCCUGCGGCGCAGACCAUAGAGGAGGUGUUCGAGCAGACAAAAGGAUACGUCACCAAGGCAACCCAGGGGGAAUAGACAAAUUGCAGUUAUAGCUUUGUUGUAACAUAUGCCAAGGUUGCCAGGUUGUAGUGGAUUGAGAAAUAUUUGAACUGUCGCCACGUAAUAUUUAUUGUACUUUUCAGUUUGUGCAGUCGACAGACUAGAAUGGAAGCAUUUGGUUAGUUCAGAAGGGAUUUAAGUCAAAUCUGCUUUAUCAUAGCCGUCAAAAAUAUAUUUUCUCGUCGAAAUAAUGAAUUCCUGACAUUUUCUCAUUGGAUCAUUUUAAUGAUCAAGGAAAAGAUUCGUACAUCUAUUUCCAAAAAAGGUUGCACUCGGAAAAUCCACGUGUCUUAACCCGUAGUGCUUUAUGGGUAGUGCUUCAUUGUAAUUCCUCCAAUAAAUAAGCAAAAGAGUGUAAAUAAAUAUACAUAGGUCUGGAAAGCUGUAAAACGUUUGUCCACGUAGCUGUAAACACCCAAGUCUUUCAGACAAGGAGCCAUUUAUAUGUUACCCAUGAACCACUGCGGGUUGUCAUGGAUUUAUGAAGUCUUGGAUUCUCCAGUGCAACCUUAUUUCAAAUAGCUGUAAAGCCUUUCGUCUUUACCUAAGGGUGGGUUGUCGGGUAAAUCGUAGCCCCUAGAAGAUAACUUACCCUUUAAAUUGGCUCUCCUAGUUCAAUAGGAACUCGGGAAUGAUGUAACUACUUGGGAUAUCAGCGUCGUAGCCAGGAUUUUUAACAGGAGGGGGCCCAAAAGGCCCGGUAAAGGCAUUUUCACCUGUAUUUCAAAUAAUGUCUCAUACAUUUACUGUAUUUUUGGCUGCUGGAAGGGGGGGGGGCCUGGAUAUACAUUACGCAUUUUAUAGCACUAUAUAUCCUCUGGAAAGAGGUGGACGUGGGAUAAGAGCGGGGGGGGGGGAGGGGAGGGGUCAUGCACGGAACUUGAAAUUAGCUUAGACAAAACUAGUAAACAACAAAUCAACAUAUCUUUCUCAUUCCGAUAAGAGGCCUUUAGCAUCGCACAUCUCAUAUUCUCCAAUGUCCUUGGGACUGGUUUAUAGGCCAUAACGUAUUUUAUUUUUAUAUAUAUCCAGACUCGCUUGACAGCUCAUACGUGAGAAAGAGUGGUUUUCAAAAUCCCAUGAAACAAAAUGUAAUUGUUAAACUCUAAUAGUCAAGCCAGAACAAAAGAGAACAAAGACUUCAGUGUAUUAGUACUAAAUAAACUAAAUAGUAUUUCACGGGUUUUUUAAGACCACUCUUUCCCUCCUGACAGGGACAUAUAAUUGUAAAUAAUUUGUAAGGAACUAUGUGUAAAAUCAGUUGUGUGCAAUCUGUAAGUUUAAUGAAGCAGAAAUAAAUCAUCAAAAAGUGGUAGAAUAA